AUGUCCUUCAAAUCCGAUGUUGUUUUCAACAAAAUCAAAGAAAUCAUUCGAACCGACAAAGAUUUGGUGAGAAAAGUCGGAACAUCAUUCAGAAUCAAUGUUGCUGGACCUAAUGGAACUGUUAAAACAUGGACCAUUGUUGCUAAAGUUAGUUUGGAGAAAAAAAAAUAGUAUUUCAAAAUAUUUUUCAAAUGUUUUCAGUCUGAUAAUCCAUACAUCGGAGACGAUAAAUCUCGUGUCGUUGACAUCGAAAUCAAUAUAAAUGAUUCGGAUGUCGUGUCAAUUGCCACAGGACAAUUGAAAGCAGAUGAGGCUUUUAAGCAAGGAAAAAUAAAGUUGAAGGGAAAUAUAGCAAAGAUAAUGCAAUUGCGUAACACCUUGGACCCAAAUAUGCUCAAACUCUGA